UGUUUCCAGGCGGAAGUUGAAGAAACUCUGAAGAGAAUUCAGGGUCAGAAAGGAGUUCAGGGGAUCAUCAUCGUCAACUCAGAGGGUAUUCCUAUUAAGACCACUCUGGACAACGCCAGCACGAUGCAGUACGCGGGACUCCUCCACCAGCUGGUGAUGAAGGCGAGGAGCACAGUACGAGACAUCGACCCCCAGAACGACCUCACCUUCAUGCGGGUUCGCUCCAAGAAGAACGAGAUCAUGAUCGCUCCAGAUAAGGACUAUUUCUUGAUCGUCAUUCAGAAUCCCUCAGACUGAAGGAGGAGCUUCUCUCUCUCUCUCUCUCUCUCUCUCAUAUCAAAACAGCCAAGCGUUUUUCUUUCUUUGCUCUCGUCUAAAGAACCCGUCAUCCCGAAGCUUUCGAUGCACUUUCUGUACCAGGAAGUAAAGUCAGGAUCUGAAGGUGGAUCAUCCGCGCAGCAUGCUGUCACUCUGCAGUGCAAACCUUUUCUCUUUCUAUCCAUUAGCAUUCCAGCGUGUUCCCUCGCCACAUUCAUUCUGAUGUCACGUCUCUGUCUUAUUGUUUUUUUCUGCAAACGCGUUACUUCACACCGAAAAGAAGGAAAACUGGACGAGUACAAAUAAAAGUAAAGCUCAUUAAAGAGCGAGGCUGCAGCUCAUCGAUAAGUUUGAGGCUGUCUUCUUUACCAACGGUGGAAAACUCGGGUUUGUUAUUUAUUGAUAUUUUGGUAAAAGAAGUGAAUGUUCAGGAUUUCACCGCUGAGCAGAGAAAACACACUAAACUUAACGUCUCUGAUGGUUCUUUUUAACUCGUUAUGAAAUUAAAAAUGUCAAAAUGC